CAAAUCUGCGCAACAACCGCUGGUGAGAACUAAAGUGCAGACUCAGCGAUAUAUCUGCUCCAACUUCUCCUCCAGUGAGCCGAGCGCCAUGAGCGGAAAGCGCCGAUAAAUCGGACUCUGACUCACUGACCAGACGCGGUGUGGUUCGGCAGCGGCGGCAGGUUCACUCGCGACCCGCGGGGUUCGGGAUUAACUGGGUCGAGGAUGCAGAUGUUCUGGAGGCUCCCGGUCAGCAACAGCCUCCUGCUGUGGAUCGUGGUCUGCCUGCAUGUGGUGGGAGCUCAGCAAGGGAUUCCUCUGUCAGUAGUGAAGCUGUGGGCUUCUGCGUUUGGGGGAGAGAUUAAAUCCAUCUCUGCCAAAUAUUCAGGAUCACAGCUACUGCAAAAGGAGCUUUGGGCCAUCACUGCACCACGUCCAGGGACCAACGUCAGUUCAGAGGCCACUGCCUCCGUGAAAAUCACCAGCAGGAUUACUUCCAAAAUCUCUCCGUCUUGUCCCGGUGAAUGGGGGGAAAUUGGACCCAGGGGGCCUCGCAGAUAUGGGGAAAGCAUUCAAACGGCGUUCAAACGGAGGCUGCAGGCCCCAAACCUGGGGCAGCCUUGCCCAGAGAAGUACAAAGGCUUGGAAAAAUCCGUGAAAGUGGAGGAGAUUGAUGGUGUGAAACUGGUGAAAGAACUGGCGGUGAAGAUGGAGGAAAUGUUUCGGAAAAAAGCAGAGGCGACCAGGCGACUGGUGGAGGCUGCAGAAGAAGCGCACCACCAGCACGAAGAAAACCCAGACCUCCAGUAUGAGUAUUUCAACGCUGUGCUGAUCAAUGAAGUGGAUGAAGAGGGCAACAAUGUGGAACUCGGAGGAGAGUUCAUUCUGGAGCCCAACGACCACUUCAACAACCUGUCUGUCAACCUCAGCCUCAGUGUGGUGCAGGUGCCCACCAACAUGUACAACAAAGAUCCAGACAUAGUGAACGGAGUGUACUGGUCCGAGGCCCUGAACAAAGUGUUUGUGGACAACUUUGAAAGAGAUCCAACUCUGAUCUGGCAGUAUUUCGGAAGUGCUAAGGGCUUCUUCAGACAGUACCCCGGUGUCAAGUGGCAUCCAGAUGAACAUGGUGUCAUUGGAUUUGAUUGCAGGAACAGGAAGUGGUACAUCCAAGCGGCAACAUCGCCAAAAGAUGUUGUCAUCCUGGUGGACGUGAGUGGGAGCAUGAAGGGGCUGAGAUUGACUAUUGCCAGACAAACUGUCUCCUCCAUACUGGACACACUUGGAGACGAUGAUUUCUUCAACAUCAUCGCUUACAAUCAGGAGAUUCAUUACGUGGAGCCGUGUUUGAAUGGAACUCUGGUGCGGGCGGACAGAGCCAAUAAAGAUCAUUUCAGGGAACAUUUGGACAAGCUCUUCGCUAAAGGGAUUGGGCUGCUGGGUGAAGCGCUGACAGAAGCUUUCACUAUCUUAAAUGAUUUCAAUCAAACCGGCAACGGCAGCGUGUGCAGUCAGGCCAUCAUGCUGGUGACAGACGGGGCAACGGAAAUGUAUGACCAUGUUUUUGAGAAGUACAACUGGCCUGAGAGAAAGGUGCGGAUAUUCCCAUACCUGAUUGGACGAGAGUCUGCGUUUGCUGAUAACCUCAAAUGGAUGGCCUGUGCCAACAAAGGGUACUUCAGCCAGAUCUCCACAUUAGCUGAUGUCCAAGAGAAUGUGAUGCGCUACCUUCACGUCAUGAGCCGCCCCAAAGUGAUCGACCACGAACACGACACAGUGUGGACGGAAGCUUACGUUGACAGUGCACUUUCCCAGGCUCAUAAGUUGAACGACAAAGCUGGACCGAGUCUGACCACCACUGUCGCCAUGCCAGUCUUCAGUACAAAGAACGAAACUAAGAAUCAGGGUAUUCUGUUGGGGGUCGUUGGAACAGACAUCCCACUGCAGGAGUUGAUGAAGCUUAUUCCCAAACAUAUGUUGGGGAUCCACGGCUACGCGUUUGCUGUCACUAACAACGGCUACAUCCUGACACAUCCUGACCUCCGACCUCUGUACCAGGAGGGUCAGAAGAGGAGAAAGCCCAACUACAGCAGUGUGGAUCUCUCUGAGGUGGAGUGGGAGGACAAAGACGACAUUCUUCGUAACGCAAUGGUCAACAGGAGGACGGGAACUUUUUCCAUGGAGGUGAAGAAGACAGUCGACAAAGGGAGAAGAGUGUUGAAGAUGCACAACGACUACUACUACACCGACAUUAAAGGAACGCCCUUCAGUGUUGGUGUAGCGCUCUCUAGAGGUCAUGGCAAGUACUUCUUUAGGGGGAACGUGUCAGUGGAAGCAGGACUCCGUGAUCUGGAACAGCCAGAUGUCGCCCUGGCAGAUGAAUGGACUUACUGCAACACGGAGGAGCAGCACGAGCACCGACACCUGACCCAGAUUCAAGCCAUUAAGCUCUUCAUGACGGGCCGCAGAUCACACCUCAAAUGUGACAGAGAGCUGAUCAAGGAGGUCUUAUUUGAUGCGGUGGUCACUGCGCCUCUGGAGGCCUACUGGACUGGACUGGCUCUCAACAAGUCUGAGAACUCCGACAAAGGAGUGGAGAUCGCCUUCCUGGGAACGCGCACCGGCCUGUCAAGAACGAACCUGUUUGUGCCUGCGGAUCAGCUCUCUAAUCAAGACUUCCUGACAGCCGAGGACAAGGAGGGAGUGUUUAAUGCUGAUCACUUCCCUCUGUGGUACAAGAGAGCGGCUGAGCAGGUCCCCGGAACCUUUGUCUACUCCAUCCCCUUCAGCACAGCGUUAGAAAACAAGAGCGUGGUGUUGGCCAGCACUGCAAUUCAGCUUCUUGACGACCGAAAAUCUCCAAUCGUAGCGUCUGUCGGCAUCCAGAUGAAACUGGAGUUCUUUCAGAGGAAGUUCUGGACGGCCUGUAGACAGUGCACCGCUCUGGACGGAAAAUGUAGCAUAAGCUGCGAUAACAAGGACGUCAACUGCUAUUUGAUUGACAACAACGGCUUCAUCCUGGUCACGGAGGAACACUCUCAGACAGGACUCUUCUUCGGGGAGGUGGAAGGAGCUGUGAUGAGCAAACUUCUGCAGAUGGGAUCCUUCAAAAGGAUCACGCUGUACGACUACCAGGCCCUGUGCCGAGAGUACGCCGGGAGCAGCGACAGCGCUGGAACUCUGUCCCACCCCUUCUCUGUUGUGAAGUGGCUCCUGACUGAGCUGGUGAUAUUUCUGUUGGAGUUUAACUUGUACAGCUGGUGGAACGUGGAGAUGACGGCGAAAGCCCAAAGGCCACGGGGUAAAACCAUGAUGGUGCCGUGCGACACCGAGUACCCCGCCUUCGUGUCCGAGCGCACCAUCAAAGAGACCACGGGCAACAUUGACUGCGGAGGGUGUUUCCGGUCUUUUGUCAUCCAGCAGAUUCCCAGCAGCAACCUCUUCAUGGUUGUCGUGGACAACAAGUGCGACUGCAGCAGCAUUCCUCCGGUGACCAUGGAUCCUAUCGAGAUCAUGUACAACGAAUCCCUGAAAUGUGACCGACUGAAGUUCCAGAAAGACCGAAAGAAGCCUGAGUCCUGUCACCCCUUUCACCCGGAGGAAAACGCGAUGGAGUGUGGCUCGGCGAGCGGCCUGAGCAGCCGCCUGACAGCAGCCCUGCUCCCUCUGGUCACACUGACCGUCAGCAGGUGACCAUCAGCUGGAGGCUCAGAAACAUGAUGUAAUAAUCCUAGAAGAAUUCCCCAAACUUCUGCAACAGACAUCGCUCUGCUGAGAAUAAAUAAUCCGUGUAGCUCCCAGCCUCAAUCCCAUUUAAAUAGCAAAUGUAAAUGAAAACAACUAAAAAAAACGGUGUGAGAAUAAAAGAGGAGGCCGUGGUGGACGCCUGCAGAAGUGCACUUUUAUUACGGGAAGACAGAACAGACUGUACCUGGUCUAGGAAGGGAACUGCUGAUUCAUGCAGCUGUUGUUGUGGCUUCAUGUCCUUUUUUGGUUUCGGUACCAGUUUACAAUGAGUCUUCCUUUAUUCAGAGCUGGACAGUGAAGUGUCAAAUACUCUGGUUCCAAACAUAUCUGGUGACUUAUCUAUGAUCUUAAAAGUCUUAAUCUUCUAAUAUUAUAUUGUAUUAUAUUACACUGUUGCUGCUGCUGCUUUUGGGAUUUUAACUUUUUGUCCUCAUAAAAUUAUUUUUUUCUUUUAGAUUUCUCAACCGAUAUAUAUUUUCCAUGUUUUUGGCAGCACUGUCAUUCAUCAAGUCUCUGUAAAUGUAGACCGGUUGUGAACAAAGUACCAGAGUUUCAGUUCCAACCUGUGACGUGUCUUUCUCAUGACAAUGUACUGUAAAGAAGCCGAGAGGCAAAAACAACUGGAACGAACUUCGUCCUGUCCGAAGGCCUGGUUCAGUUCCGAUGCAUGAAGAUGAAGAUUUCACUGUGUGUGUAGGGAAUGUUGCACUUGUUCGUCUGUUCCAUCCUGUGUCCUGACCACCACGUGUGUCAAACAGCUGCUGAAUAAA